GACCAUAUACAAAAAAUUAGAGUUUAUACUAUCUUUAUACACUCUAAGAUAAUUUGGACCAUUUAGUCAAAAAGAGAAUAAAGAUAAUUUGGACCAUAUGGUCGAUCGAUUUUGAUAUUUUUUUAUUCUCAAACAGAUCAGGAGCACAAAGUACGUACUUUUAUAAAGGAGCAUAUAGUUUGGUUCUAUCUAUCUUAUCAUUCAUUCCUUCCUUUCAUUGAACAAAUUAAACCUUGCAUAUAUUUUUAGAUGACAAGAGCACAUAGCACUUUGAUUAAGCUACUUAUUCUUCUUAAUCUCCUGCAUAUAAAUAGCAGCAGCGAUCAUGACCAGUGUACAACAGAAUCAUCAUUUUGUGGACCUUACGAACCAAUUGUUCAAUUUCCCUUCCAACUCGUUAAGGACGAACCAUCACAAGAUCAAUGUCUUUAUCCUGAGUUUUGCCUAUAUUGUACUCCAAAUAACAAAACCAUGAUUUUGCUCUCUACCAAUUUAGGUCCAAUCAAAUUCCUUGUUACUCAAAUUGAUUACGAACCACAGAAUAUUAUUUACAUUUCUGAUCCGGACAAUUGCUUUCCAAAAAUGUUUCUCGAACUGAAACUUAACCGUUCAUCCUUUCUACCUUAUUACCGAUUUUAUGCAGAAUCGAAAACAACAUUAUCCUUUUUCAAUUGCUCUUCAGUUAAGAAACCACACCUGAGAAACACGGAUCAGAUAUUUGGUGAGUCACAAAAUAUGAUCACUUGUCCAAUUUACGCUACUGAUUCCGAGGACAGUGUACUCACAAUGGACCUUGUAUCGUGUACCAAGAUGUUUGAAGUCAAUGCUACUAUAAAUGCAAAUCGCCUGUCGAUGAAUUUCCUCAUGUUGAGUUGGCCAAAACCAAAUUGUGCCAUUUGUGAAGCAAAAGGCAUGAAAUGUAGAUGGAACAAGAACAGCACCAAAGGUGACAUUGAAUGCUAUGACUGCAACGACAAACGCAAAACUAUCCAUAUUCCAAAAUCUCUCAUUUUCUCUGCUAUAGGUUCGAUUAUAUUGGGGUUGGUCAUCAUUGCAAUUACUAAGAUUUAUCUACAUUUCAAGGGAAAAAAAGAAGAUCAAGUUAGAAUUGACAAGUUUUUAGAGGAUUAUAAAGCACAAAAGCCUGCCAGAUUUUCUUAUGCUGAUAUAAAAAGAAUCACGGAUGGGUUUAAGGAAAAGCUAGGAGAAGGAGCUCAUGGAACAGUGUUUAAAGGAAAACUCUCUAGUGAGAUUCUAGUGGCUGUGAAGGUGCUCAAUAAUACACAAGGUGAUGGGAAAGAGUUCAUCACUGAAGUGGAAAUUAUGGGCAAAAUCCACCACAUCAAUGUUGUUCGUUUGCUUGGCUUUUGCGCAGACGGAAUCCACCGGGCUCUUGUAUACAAUUUGUUUCCAAAAGGUUCGCUACAAAGCUUCAUAUUUCCACCGGAUAACAAGGACCAUUUUAUGGGGUGGGAAAAGCUGCAACAAAUUAAUCUUGGUAUAGCAAAAGGAAUCGAGUAUCUUCAUGAGGGUUGUAGUCAUCCAAUCCUUCACUUUGACAUCAAUCCUCACAAUGUUUUGCUAGAUGACACCUUCACACCAAAAAUUUCAGAUUUUGGUCUCGCCAAAUUAUGUGCCAAGAAUGUUAGUAUGGUGUCCAUGACAGCUGCUAGGGGAACGAUGGGAUAUAUCGCGCCUGAAGUACUAUCCCGAAAUUUUGGAAAUGUUUCUCUUAAAUCUGAUAUUUAUAGUUAUGGUAUGUUGUUGCUUGAAAUGGUCGGAGGAAGGAAGAAUGUAGACUCGUCAUCUGCAGAAACAACUCAUGUUUUAUAUCCAGAAUGGAUCCAUAAUUUAUUGGAAGGAGACAUACAUAUACAUAUUGAUGAUGAAGGUGAAGUUAAAAUUGCCAAGAAACUCGCAAUUGUUGGACUUUGGUGUAUUCAAUGGCAGCCAAUGAAUCGUCCUUCCAUCAAAACGGUCAUACAAAUGUUGGAAACAGGAGAUGAUAACCGGUUAAGCAUUCCACCUAAUCCUUUUCACUCAACCACUUCCACAGCCACUAGUGAAGGCUCUUUGGCAAGAAGACCUUUCCAAAUGGAAGUGAUUAAGGAAUAAGAGAAGAAAAUAAUAUUUUAGAUUAAUUUGACUUAAUCCCUUACCAUUGGAAAAAACUAAAGAUUUUUAUUUGUGAAAAAAUAGCAUUAAUUAGUAUAUAUGUUUCAAGUAGUAUGCUCCUAUGUUGUUUUGUAAAAUAUUUUAGUUCUUUGGAGUUAAAAUAAAAUUAUGUUGCCUGAGUACUUUCUUUCU